AUGGUUCCCAACAGCUCCCGCAGCGGGGCCGCAGACGGGGCGAGUUUCAUCUCUCUGCAUGGCGUCCAUGACAGAAUCUCCUCGCCCCUCGAGGCCGGCCCGUCCGUUCUCGACUCCCACCACAUCGCGCCUCAUCUUGUCCCAGUGCUCGAGUACACCUCUAGCAAGCUGGCGAAGAAGGCCGUCCAUCUGACGCUCAUCAUCGUCAAGAGGGACUACCAGCUGCUCAACUCAAUUCCCUCGCCGAGUUCCUAUUCGACGCCCGGAACCCCAGACUCACCUCUGCUCACCGGCAGCAGCUCCGGCAGCGGUCGGCUCGGAUUCUCUAGUCCUGUCUUAGCCCUGAAGCAUCUCAUGCGAUCAGCCUCCCAGCAUGUUGCUGGGUCGAGCCCCAGGAGCGCCGUACCGCCCAUUUCGUAUCCCAUCAGCGAGCCAUCCCCUAGUCCUAGGUUCCGAUGGCCGCUUUCUCCCACUACGCCCUUGUCGCCACCACCGAUGACACCGUCCACGACAUCGUCAUUGACGACCACCGACAGCAGCGGGCCACCGACACCCAAUUGCACGGGGCUUCGAUGCUUCCAUUCAGGCGAUGUGUCUCCGCGAACAGAGAAGAUUCUGAAGAGCACCCUCAUUAAGGCGGGGAACAAGUUUGGCGUCGGGAGCGGAUGGCUUGUCCCCUUCACAAGCCCCAGCACCCGCGAUCUCACCACCCAACUCUUCCACAGCUCCGUCGUCCAAAACGAAGUCGUCUUCUCAUCAGAUGGCUUAACCCUCCUAACUCUCGACCGCCUCUAUAGCCUCAAGAGCGCCCUGUCCAGCUAUUCCAAGACGUCGUCGGCCUUACGCCUCGAAGACGCCGUCGACGAGCUGCGUCGCUACGUCCUGGCCAGCAAUGGCCGCAAGGUCACCAGAGCAGACCUCCUCCGGUCCUACGACUGGCUUAGCGUCAGCAACGCAGCCAUCACAGACCUCGACCGCAUGUAUCGGCGAGCGUAUGGCGGCCCGGAACUUGUCGGUGGCAUCUCCGGCAUGCCCCUGGACCGCCCACCCAAGCCCUUCGUGCUCCAUCUUCCGCCUAAGAACAGAUUUGUCGACGACUGGGAAGAUGGUAGCCUCAGCCCCUCGAGCACAAUACUCGACGAGGGUAUCGUCAAUGUCGCCAUGAUGGCCGUCAAACUCUCCCGGCCGCCGACACCUCGCAGGAUCGGGCCCUCGCUGAAGUUGCAGACCGACUUCUCGUCCAAACCCGAAUCCUCAGACGAAGAAGACAGGGCAGAAAAGGGCAACGAUUCUGAUGACGAAGUCUACACAGCAAGACCUGUUGAUCGAUCUACGGCCACUAUGUGGAACAGCCGGUUUACAAUCGAUCAAAUGCUCAGCCCGGACAUCAACAAGGAACUGCAAGUCCAUUCACCAGCCAUAGGACCCAUGACGCCCCACGUAUACGACGACAUAUCCCCAGUGACGCGCGGAGAAUGGGGGUUCCUCAUGGGAGGCAACGGGCUGAACAUAGGUAAAACAGCUGCGGUUGAAACCUUCUGAUACUUUUUGUCAGGGGGUUACCGUAUCAGUUGACGUGGCAUAUGAACGUGUUUUAAAUCUUCUCUUCAAAAAUCUCAUGUUAUAUACUAUAGUUCUACUUUCGUUUGGGCAAGCGCGGUGAAUCGGCGUUUUCAUUUCGGGGGAGGGUAUUUGGCGAUGUAAUUCGCACACAUAGGGAGGAAAAUACACAUCAAUGAUUUC